AAAGCAGUCUUAAACUCUUAGCUAUACCAAUUCUCUCACAUGGAAACCCUAUCUAUUCUCUUUGGCAUAGCAGGUGCAAUAGCACUCUAUCUUUUCUGGUUCAACCUCUUAGCCCAAAAGCUCACCGGUCCAAAAGUAUGGCCCGUCGUGGGAAGCCUCCCGGCUCUCAUAUCGAACCGGAGCAGAAUCCACGACUGGAUGGCUAAUAACCUUCGUGCAACCGGUGGUUCAGCCACGUACCAAACUUGCACCAUGCCUUUCCCUUUCUUAGCUCGCAAGCAAGGGUUUUUCACUGUCACAUGUCACCCAAAAAACAUCGAACACAUCCUCCGAACCAAGUUCGAUAAUUACCCAAAAGGACCAGACUGGCAAGCCGCUUUCCACGACCUGUUAGGCCAAGGGAUUUUCAACAGCGACGGCGAAACGUGGCUUAUACAACGCAAAACGGCGGCGUUGGAGUUCACCACUCGUACACUAAGACAAGCAAUGUCUCGGUGGGUGAACCGUACCAUCAAGUCGCGACUUUGGUGCAUAUUAGACAAAGCCGCUAAAGACAACACCCACGUGGACUUACAGGAUUUGCUGCUCCGUUUGACCUUUGACAACAUAUGUGGUCUCACUUUCGGUAAAGACCCGGAAACACUGUCUCCGGAUCUACCCGAUAACCCGUUUGCCAUGGCGUUUGAUACUGCCACUGAAGCCACUCUCCAACGCUUACUCUACCCUGGUUUAAUUUGGAGGUUUGAGAAAUUGCUCGGUAUCGGAGGUGAGAAGAAAUUAAAAGAAAGCCUCCAAGUUGUAGAGAAUUACAUGAACGAUGCCAUCGAGGCGCGUAAGGAAGCUCCGUCUGAUGAUUUACUAUCACGCUUCCUCAACAAACACGACGUUAACGGAAAGCCCUUCACGAGCUCAGUCCUCCAACGCAUCGCCUUGAACUUCGUCCUCGCCGGACGCGACACGUCGUCGGUGGCACUCAGCUGGUUCUUCUGGCUCGUCAUGCACCACCCUGAAACCGAGCAGAAGAUCAUCAACGAAAUAUCGACGGUUCUGAAGGAGACGCGUGGCAGCGACACAAAGAAGUGGAUCGAGGAGCCGUUGACGUUCGACGAGGCGGACAGGUUGGUUUAUCUGAAAGCUGCAUUGGCUGAAACGCUGCGUUUAUACCCUUCCGUGCCGGAAGAUUUCAAGUAUGUCGUGUCGGACGAUGUUUUGCCGGACGGCACUUUUGUACCCGCCGGUUCUACUGUUACGUAUUCGAUAUAUUCGGUUGGGAGGAUGAAGAGUAUAUGGGGUGAGGACUGCAUGGAUUUUAAACCGGAGCGGUGGUUAGCGGGUGAUGGAGACCGGUUCGAAACACCGAAAGAUGGGUACAAGUUUGUGGCUUUCAAUGCUGGGCCGAGGACUUGUUUGGGAAAAGACUUGGCUUACCUGCAAAUGAAGUCGGUGGCCUCGGCUGUGCUUCUCAGGUACCGGUUAUUUCCAGUUCCCGGUCACCGUGUUGAGCAGAAAAUGUCUCUCACUCUGUUCAUGAAGGCUGGGCUUCGUGUGUACUUGCAGCCACGUCUGCUCGGAGGAGGUCCAGAUGUCGCAGCCUGUGUGUGAUAAAGAAAAGAAAAAAUCGUUGUUCAGCGGUUUUUGUCGUUACAAAAAGUCAACUGUGUAAGCAAGCCGAGGGUGUAUGAGUCAUUCAAUUUGUUGUUUUUACUUUUUUUUACUUUCAUCUAUGAUUCUAUAUGAUAUGUUAUUUGUUGUUUGUUGGGUUGGGUGAGUUGUUGGAUACCUAAAUUUGCAGUACAGUUGUUGCUGGCCUUUAAGGUUGGAAAGAUUAUUAAUGUCUUUGUCAAGUUCAUAUUCCAUGUCUGUUGAUAUGGUCUUUCUUUUAUGUAUGUCUAUACAUAUAUGACACAAAGUUCUAUUCUUCUACUA